GCCGCGGGCCCAUCCCACAGCCCGCAGCGGGAUCUCUGCGCUCCGGCCCGACCCGCCGGCUGCUCGCCUCUGGGGAAAGGGUCUUGAGCCGUGAGCAUCGUCGGCGGGAAGGCGGGGAGGCCUUGGCGACUCUCGGAGAAUCUUCUGGGCUCUUUUUGAGGGCCCCUGCGGCCUCUACGUGGGCUGGUUGGUUCAGCCGCGUCCGCAUCCCGGCGACGUCCAGCCCGGAAGUCACCCAGGUGCCGAGCAGGCUUGAAAGAGUCAGCGGAAGGACUUACCGGACCGCACUGUCGCUCACUGGCCCGCACCAAUCACCACGCUGCUUGUCCUCGGACCCUCCUCUUUGGGGGCGUGACCCUAAUGAGUGAUAGACGGAGUCGCCCGGCCCCGCUCAGCCCAGCCCACGUUGCUGCUUAGAUUGAAAUGCAGAACUCAAGCCUCUUUCAUCGGGGCACAGACUUCCUUUUACUCCUUCCUUUUGCACUCUCGCCGCCUCCUCCUGGGGAGAAGCGGAGGCACCGGCGGCCCGGGGCAGCGACAGGCCGGGCCACUGAGGCCGUGAGAAAAGUUUCUCUCUGGGAGUGCGGAACUGGGGCCCGGUCGGUGUACUGCUCGGAGCAAUGGAGCCAGCCUUUGGGGAGGUGAACCAGCUGGGAGGAGUAUUCGUGAACGGGAGGCCGCUGCCCAACGCCAUCCGGCUUCGCAUCGUGGAACUGGCCCAACUGGGCAUCCGACCGUGUGACAUCAGCCGCCAGCUACGGGUCUCACACGGCUGCGUCAGCAAGAUCCUGGCGCGCUACAACGAGACAGGCUCGAUCUUGCCAGGAGCCAUUGGGGGCAGCAAGCCCCGGGUCACCACCCCUACCGUGGUGAAGCACAUCCGGACCUACAAGCAGAGGGACCCCGGCAUCUUCGCCUGGGAGAUCCGGGAUCGCCUGCUGGCAGACGGCGUGUGCGACAAAUAUAACGUACCCUCGGUGAGCUCCAUCAGCCGCAUCCUGCGUAACAAGAUCGGCAACUUGGCCCAACAGGGCCAUUACGACUCAUUCAAACAGCACCAGCCGGCGCCGCAGCCGGCGCUGCCCUAUAAUCACAUCUACUCGUACCCCAGCCCCAUCACUGCGGCCACCGCUAAGGUGCCCACGCCACCCGGGGUGCCCGCCAUCCCUGGCUCAGUGGCCAUGCCGCGCACCUGGCCUUCCUCCCAUUCCGUCACCGACAUCCUGGGCAUUCGCUCCAUCACCGACCAAGCAGUGAGCGACAGCUCCCCCUACCACAGCCCCAAGGUGGAGGAGUGGAGCAGCCUGGGCCGCGCCAGCUUCCCCGCCGCCGCCCCGCACGCGGUGAACGGGCUGGAGAAGGGAGCCUUGGAGCAGGAGGCCAAGUACGGGCAGGCACCAAAUGGUCUCCCAGCUGUGAGCAGUUUUGUGUCAGCAUCCAGCAUGGCUCCUUAUCCUCCCCCGGCCCAAGUGUCGCCUUACAUGACCUACAGUGCUGCUCCUUCUGGUUAUGUUGCUGGACAUGGGUGGCAACAUGCCAGCGGCACCCCACUUUCCCCCCACAACUGUGACAUUCCCGCGUCGCUGGCGUUCAAGGGAAUGCAGGCAGCCAGAGAAGGUAGUCACUCUGUCACGGCUUCCGCACUCUGAUGGGAAAUUCCAUCUGCAGCAGCUUCACCGGGUCCCCCUCUCAGCACGCCCCCCCCCCCCUUCCCUGGUCUCGGAUCCCACCCCUCCUGCCCGCCAACCCUACUGCCUCGAAAGCUGGCUUUCCGGACUCACAUCCUUUGUGCUGAUGACACUUAAGUACUUCUUGCCAUAACUUCUCUCUCUCACAGAAAACCUGACAUGACUUUAGGGUUUAAAAACAAAAGCAAUGCUAAGGAUUGAAUGAGACAUUUGUGUUGCCCACACACUGUUGUAACGUAGUGAAGAAACCUGCACCCCUCAAAGGGCUUAAGAAACUUUUUAAACUAGUCUUUGGUGAAACCACAUGUGUAUAUUUAUUCUAAAUCAACCUGAACUUUUGAAACGUGCAAUUGUUGAGAUUUUGCAAAAUCAAUAAAGGAAAAUACAUAUAGAAAAAAGUUAUGCUACACCCUCUAAUCAAAUAAGGUGACCAAAUAAGCCUUACUUCAUCAUUAGGAAACCAAUCAAUAAUUGACUUGUUUGAGUGAUCCUUUGUUCAUUUUUAAGAGAUGACUGAUUUUGUUGGAAAAUAUAUGUAUAACACAAGCAAUAUCUGAAUUUAGCUCCUCCUCGUGUUUUGACUUGGUUCCAAAUACGAUAAUGUUUAUAUUUUCUAUUAGUUUGUAAAUAUGGACUCUGGAUGGUGCAUUUGUGUUUUCAUCCCAUGGGACAUCCCCCCCCCCCCCCCCCCACUUCUCUCUUUUUUUCUU